AUGGCAUCUGAUGCGUCUCCUCCAGGUGAGGAAGAGGUCAAGGUGAGGAGGAGGAGGAGGAGGAGAGAGGAGCUGAGGAAGACAGAGGACAUAGAGGAGUUAACGUCUGCUGGGCACAAAGCUCUGCAGGAGGGACGGCCAGAGGAUGCUCUAAGACACUUUAAGGAGGCACUGAAGGCCGCCACACAGCUGCAGGACUCCCGGGUUCUGCGGGCCUGUUCCUUUAAUCUCGGAGCAGCCUACGUGGAAGCAGGCCGACCUCAGAAAGGUUUGGACCUCCUGCAGCAGGCUCAGCCCGGCCCGAAGGCCAACCGCGUCCCGGACCUCCAGUUCAACCUGGCCCUGGCCCACAAUGCACUGGGGCAGAGCCAGGAAGCCGCUGCAUCCUUCCUGCAGGCUGCUCAGCUGUAUCGGUCGCAGGGAGAUGGACGCAGUGAGGGUGAUGCCUGCAUGGAACUGAGCCGCUGCUACAGCAGAACCCAGGACUGGUCUCUGGCGGUUCAAGGUUUCCUGCGGGCUGCAGAGAGUUACAGAGUGGCGGCCAUGUUAGAUUCUGCAGCCAGUGCACUGAAGGAAGCAGGAAGUCACAUGAUCCAAUCAGAUGAGUUUAGCCAGGAUGACAUCAGUGGCGUGUUGACAGAGUGUCUGAGUCUGACGGACAGCAUCAGCGACCAGAGGAUUCUCGGUGAGCUGUACCUGUCAGUGGGUGUGUCCUACUGCCGGCUCAGGUGUUUCCAGGAGGCGGUGCAGUGUUUUCAGUUGGCUCUUAGCCCUGUGACUCAGUGCCCCCCCCUGCUGGCCAGUGUGUUGCACAAUCUGGGAGCUGCUCUUAACUCCUUGGGACAGUUCAGCCCUGCAGUGGGCUACCAUAGGCUGGCUGCAGGCCUGUAUGGCUCUCUGGGUGGCCGUGGUGACCAGGCUCGAUGUUUUACUAACUUGGCGUUUGCCUGCAGUCAGCUAGGUGAUGAAGAGGAGGCAGCAGAGAGCUUCAUCCUCGCUCUGCAGGGCUUCAAAGACACUGAGGAUCACCUGGGCCAGGUUCAAGUAUGUGAAUCGCUGGCUGAGUGUUACCUAAAGCAGAGGAAGCAGCAGAAAGCUGUUCAGCUCUACAAACAGGCUCUGAGUGCGCUCUCUCACUGCCAGGAUAGUGGUGGUUUUCAGGACCGACUUGUGGAGAAACUGACUGCAGCUCUGAGGAUGAGUGCUGGGCGGCAGGUCUGA